UUUCAGUUUCCCACUGCGCCGCCCCAGAGCAGCUCUCCCCAGCCAAGCACUGACAGGGACUGUAACUGUGUGGAGGGUCUGAGAAAGUUGCCAUAGAAGAUGUGUGAAGAAGAGGACAGCACCGCACUGGUUUGUGACAAUGGCUCAGGACUGUGCAAGGCGGGCUUUGCUGGGGAUGAUGCUCCGAGAGCUGUUUUCCCUUCCAUCGUGGGACGUCCCCGGCACCAGGGUGUGAUGGUAGGAAUGGGACAGAAAGACAGCUAUGUAGGUGAUGAGGCUCAAAGCAAAAGAGGUAUCCUGACGCUGAAAUAUCCCAUUGAGCAUGGAAUCAUCACCAACUGGGAUGACAUGGAGAAGAUUUGGCAUCAUUCUUUCUACAAUGAGCUGCGAGUUGCCCCUGAAGAGCAUCCAACUCUGCUUACAGAAGCUCCAUUGAACCCUAAAGCUAACCGAGAGAAAAUGACACAGAUUAUGUUUGAGACUUUCAAUGUACCAGCCAUGUAUGUUGCUAUUCAGGCUGUUCUGUCCCUCUAUGCUUCUGGCCGAACAACAGGGAUCGUACUUGACUCCGGUGACGGUGUAACCCACAAUGUGCCAAUCUACGAAGGCUACGCACUGCCUCAUGCCAUCAUGCGCCUGGACUUGGCUGGCCGCGAUCUGACCGACUACCUCAUGAAAAUCCUGACAGAGCGUGGCUACUCAUUUGUUACUACUGCUGAGCGUGAAAUUGUCCGUGACAUCAAAGAGAAGCUCUGCUAUGUUGCCCUGGACUUUGAAAAUGAGAUGGCUACAGCUGCUUCUUCAUCCUCCCUUGAAAAAAGCUAUGAGCUACCUGAUGGCCAAGUGAUCACAAUAGGGAAUGAGCGUUUUCGCUGCCCAGAGACCCUCUUCCAACCCUCUUUCAUUGGCAUGGAAUCUGCUGGCAUUCAUGAAACCACCUAUAACAGCAUCAUGAAGUGCGACAUUGAUAUCAGAAAGGACCUUUAUGCAAACAACGUCCUUUCUGGUGGCACCACUAUGUAUCCUGGCAUUGCAGAUCGGAUGCAGAAGGAGAUCACUGCCCUCGCACCCAGCACUAUGAAAAUCAAGAUUAUUGCUCCUCCUGAACGUAAGUACUCCGUUUGGAUUGGAGGUUCGAUCCUUGCUUCCCUUUCCACCUUCCAGCAGAUGUGGAUCAGCAAACAGGAAUACGAUGAGGCUGGGCCAUCUAUCGUACACCGCAAAUGCUUCUAAAUUUCUUCCUCCUGUUCUCUCUCUCUUUGAGCACAUUACUGUGAAUGUAUUCAGGAA